GUUUCUAGGGUUUGCGAAGGGUUUAACCUUUUUCACACUUCCAACAACCUAACCAAGUACCAUUUUCCCAAACUCAUCAAUGGCUUUCAAAACUAACCAAAACGAAAACGACGAAUCACCACCAUACACAGUAGAACAACAAGAAGAACAAGACGAUGAUGAUGACGAAGAAGAAGAAGUAGAAGAACAAGUGUGGGACGAUUGGGAAGGAGAUGACGGAGAUUCAGACUCCGAUUUCCUCUGUCUCUUCUGUGAUUCCAAUUACGAUUCAUGUAGCUCAUUGUUCCAACAUUGCGCUUCGGUUCACCACUUCGAUUUUCACGCUGUUAGAAAUUCUCUCAACUUAGAUUUCUAUGCUUCCUUCAAGCUCAUUAACUAUAUUCGCUCCAAGGUAUCAGAGAACAGUUGUUGGAGUUGUGGGUUAGCUUUUCAGUCCAAACAAGAUUUGCGGAAUCACUUGCAUGAUGUAAUUGACUUCAAUGCUAUUAAGCCUUUGUGGGAUGAUGAUAGAUAUCUAAAACCUUUCAUGCAAGAUGAUGCAUUGCUGUACAACUUUGGUGAAUUUGAUGAAGGUGAAGAUGAACAAACUUCAAUUAUGGAUGAAGAUCUUGUGAGGGAUUUGAAAAACGCUUUAGAAACAAACGGUGUUGAUCAAGAUGCCGUGAAAAAUUUGGUGGUUGAUGAUCGUGCGGAUGAUGUUUUUAAAAGAAAGGAGACAGCUUCUGUUUCAGAUGAGCGUUCAAACUCGCCCAGCUCUUCAGAUAAGAAGCUUGUUAAUGGGAAGGACUCAAGAGGAUGUGUUUCAUCCAUUGAUAAGGAUCCUGAAGAAGGGUCUUUGAUGGGUAACCCUCAUAAUCACAUUGCAACGCAUAUUAAGAAGGUCAAUGAAAGUUAUUUUGGGUCUUACAGCUCAUUUGGCAUCCAUCGAGAAAUGUUAAGUGAUAAGGCUAGAAUGGAUGCUUAUGGUCAAGCAAUUUUGAAGAAUCCCUCUCUGCUAAAUGGUGCUGUGGUUAUGGAUGUAGGUUGUGGAACUGGCAUUCUCAGCCUUUUUGCCGCCCAGGCGGGGGCUUCGAGGGUCGUUGCAGUUGAGGCUAGUGCGAAGAUGGCAGCAGUGGCUUCUCGGGUUGCAAAAGAUAACGGUCUCUUGUUGAGUAAAAACGAAGCUAGAGUCAAUGGCAACCAGAAAGGAGUCGUAGAAGUGGUCCAUGGCAUGGUUGAAGAAAUUGACAAAAUUGUUGAACUUCAACCUCACAGUGUUGAUGUAUUGUUAAGUGAAUGGAUGGGAUAUUGCCUGCUGUAUGAAUCCAUGCUUGGUUCAGUGCUUUAUGCACGUGACCGCUAUUUGAAGCCUGGGGGUGCCAUUCUUCCCGACACAGCAACUAUUUUUGUUGCAGGAUUUGGAAAAGGAGGUACAAGUCUUCCAUUUUGGGAGAACGUGUGUGAUUUUGACAUGUCUAGCAUUGGGGAGGAGCUUGUUACAGACGCUGCUCGAUAUCCUAUAGUCGAUGUCAUAGACCACCAAGAUUUAGUUACCAGUUCUACUAUUCUUCAGACCUUUGACUUGGCUACCAUGAAGCCCAAUGAAGUGGAUUUCACCGCAACUGCCUCUUUGGAACCAAAAUCGAGCAUUUCAGAAAACGGAAAAUCACAUUUUAAUUCUAAAACAUGUUGCUGGUGUUAUGGAGUUGUCCUAUGGUUUGAUACUGGAUUUACAAGUAGAUUCUGCCGGGAAACAUCAGCUGUGUUGUCAACAUCCCCUUACACUCCAAAAACACACUGGUCACAAACAAUCUUAACUUUCCGGGAACCUAUUGCCAUUGGAUCGGGUGAAGAUAAUGCGCGAAAACCAGAAACAAUUGGCACUGAAAUCUAUCCUGCUGCAAAGAUUGAUUUGCGUGUCAGCAUUGUCCGUUCUACUGAGCAUCGCAGCAUUGACAUUUCCAUGGAAGCUGUUGGUGUAAGUCCUGAUGGCCGGAGACGCAGUUGGCCUGCUCAACUUAUUUCUCUGCAGUAGUAGGAUGCAUUGUAUUAUGCAUCACAUGCUGCAUAAACAACACAAUUUUGAAUUGUUCCUGUUUUACUCAUACACAUUGAUUUUCAUGUUUAUUUAUUGUAAAAGAGCAAGAGUCACUUGUAUUUGGUGUUCCUCUGCAAGAAUUUUUUGCCCUGUUGUGUUUGUUGGGUAAAACGUGACUUUGAUUAGUUAUUGUUUCUGAAGCUCAA